GCGGUUGCCAGCACGAAGAGGCGCGUGCAGCUUUUACAGUAGAGCGGCUCGGGAAUCCUCCCCGCCAUUUCCUCGUGCAGCCGAGCCCUGGAAUGUCGAAUAGUGGCUCGAGCUCUUCCUCGCGGAAGGAGUUCGACGUGAAGCAGAUCCUCAGGAUCCGAUGGCGGUGGUUCGGUCACCCCGCGGUACCUCCGCCUCACUCCCAGCCGCCACUCGGGAACUACUUCAGCGCGAGGAGGACGGGAGGCGGCUCCGCCGACGGACCCUCGGUUAGCUGCAACUUCACCUCCGCCGGCGUGAACGCCCCGGGAGGAGGCGCGGGGAGCCGCGGCGGGCUGGUGGCCAGCGGCAGCGCCGGGUCUAACCUGUGCGGCGGCAGCCGAAAGUUUGCAGAGCCCGGGGCAAGUCGGGGCGGUCACGGAGGAGCGGCGGUUGGAGCCACGGGGAACUCCUGCACCCGCUCCGUCAGCCAGCCCGAGUGCAGGAGCUCCGCGGGGCUCUCCUGGGUGUCCCCGCCGCCUCGUCGCCGCUCUCGCCCGGUGACAAACAACAUGGAGCCCCCAGGUGAGGCCCCAGCGGCGGAGCCCUCGACUCGCGCCGGGGCUCCGGAGGAGGUGGAGGCGGCGGCGGGCGCCGAGGAGAACAACCAUCCGGAAACAGACUCCAGCUCGUGCAGGACAUCUAACAGCAGUGUGACCCUGUCCUCAUGUGUGUCGAUGGAGCCGUGCACGUGUCCAGAGGAGUCCAUGUUCACCGCUUUGUCCCACGCUGACGUUACCUUCCGUAAGAUGGAGGGCUACCUGAGGACCAGACAGCUGUGUGACGUCAUACUAGUAGCUGGAGACAGAAGGAUACCUGCGCACAGACUGGUCCUCUCGUCUGUGUCAGACUACUUUGCAGCCAUGUUCACCAGCGAUGUGCGGGAGGCCAAGCAGGACGAGGUGAAGAUGGAAGGUGUAGACCCUGAGGCGUUGUGGGUCCUGGUUCAGUAUGCUUACACAGGCCGUCUUGAGUUAAAGGAGGACACCAUUGAGUCUCUGUUAUCUGCCUCCUGCCUGCUGCAGCUGUCCUCUGUGGUCCAAGCCUGCUGCUCCUUUCUGGUGAAGCAGCUCCACCCCUCUAACUGUUUAGGCAUCCGCUCCUACGCUGAUGCUCAGGGUUGCCACGACCUGCAGAGGGCUGCGCACGCCUACACCAUGGAACACUUUCUGGAGGUAGUUGGAAGCCAGGAGUUUGUUUUACUCCCGGUGGAGGAGAUGGAGCGGCUGCUGACAUCUGAUGACAUCAACGUGCCUGAUGAAGAAACCGUAGUGACCUCUUUGCUUAGUUGGGUCAGACACGAUCCCUCUGCUCGGCAGGGCCACCUGCCGUCGCUGCUGGCUCACGUCAGACUGCCGCUGCUGCAGCCGCAGUUCUUGGCAGACCUGGAGUCCAACCCCCUCCUUUGUGACAGUGUGGAGUGUCAGCGACUCCUGAUGGAGGGGAUGAAGUAUCAUCUUUUGCCCCAGCGGCGGCCUCUGCUUCAGAGUCCUCGCACCCGGCCCCGCAAGGCCACCGUAGGGGCCAUGUUUGCUGUCGGGGGUAUGGACGCCACAAAAGGUGCCACGAGUAUCGAGCAGUACUGUCUGCGCCGGGACACGUGGAGGCAGGUGGCCACCAUGAGCGGACGAAGACUACAGUUUGGUGUAGCUGUCCUCGAUGGUCGUCUUUAUGUGGUUGGAGGCAGAGACGGACUCAAGACCCUCAACACUGUGGAAUGCUACAAUCCACACAGCAAGUCCUGGAGCGUCAUGCCUCCCAUGUCCACACACAGGCACGGUUUAGGUGUGGCUGUGCUAGAGGGGCCCAUGUAUGCAGUGGGGGGGCAUGAUGGCUGGAGCUACCUCAGUACAGUGGAAAGGUGGGACCCCCAAGCUCGCCAGUGGAGCUUUGUUGCCAGCAUGGCUACACCCAGAAGUACGGUGGGAGUAGCUGUUCUCAGUGGGAAGCUGUACGCCGUUGGAGGUCGUGACGGUUCAUCCUGCCUGCGCUCUGUGGAGUGCUUCGACCCCCACACUAACAGGUGGACUAGUUGUGCUCCAAUGGCGAAAAGGCGCGGAGGGGUGGGUGUGGCCACGUGGCACGGCUUCCUAUACGCCAUUGGAGGUCACGAUGCUCCCGCCUCGUCGCUGGCGUCUCGGUUAAGCGACUGUGUGGAGAGGUAUGACCCUCAGACAGACGUGUGGACGGCUGUCGCCCCCAUGAGCAUCAGCAGAGACGCUGUGGGUGUUUGUCUCCUUGGCGACCGCCUCUACGCCGUGGGUGGGUAUGACGGGCAGGUGUAUCUCAACACUGUGGAGGCUUACGACCCUCAGACAAACGAGUGGAAGCAGGUGGCCUCUCUGUGCCUCGGCAGGGCAGGAGCUUGCGUGGUGGCCGUCAGACUGUGAAGACAUGAACACAAAUAGGUUGAAUGUCUACGAUGUGGCUCAGAGGCUGUCCUCACCGUCUCCGCUAAGGCCGAAGACACGUCGAGGGAACCGGUGGUCUUGAACUCUUUUUGAGUGUAAUCAUUCAGUUUAGUGAGAGAUUUCUGACACGUUUCCACAUCCCAGUAACGUCCACUGCAGGAAGACUGAAGAGACAUCAGCAGCGUUUAUCUGAGAGGGACAGGACAUCUGUCUUAGAGGGACUUUAUUUCCUCCCAGCUUCUCUUUCUGCUGACAAACUACAGAUACAGAGAGAGCUUGUUCUGAAUGCCUCAUCAUUUUAAGCUCUCGGCUUUCCUUACACAAUCUGAUCGUGCGUUUUGAUGCUAUUUUAAUACAAACCCCAUCAUUUAUUUUCUGCUGCAGUUGACAAGCCUGCUUCUGUUUAGCUGUUGCCCUCGGAUGGAUGAAAGCCGAAGUUUUGACACAAUCAGCGCAACGUCAUAAACAGCGAUUUGGUGAGAGGCUUUGCUUUCAUUCAGAAACACGUUUUGCUUCGUCUGAUAGUUUUCUGCACGUCUGUCAUGUCGGAUCAGCU